GUAGCAGCAUGUAGCAGCAUGUAGCAGCAUGUAGCAGCAUAUUACCCACCUACCUGCACAAUCCGAGGAAGCAGCCCUUGGAUCCAUUUAGCGCAUCUCCACCUUUUCUUUGACUCCUCCGAUUCAUCGUAUAUUUUUCUGAUGUGCUCUUCCUUGCCCGCGUUGCUUUCUGCUUCUGCCUUCUACUUUUAUCCCUACCAUCCCAACACUACCACCUCCCCUCAUGCAACUUUUGCAUACUGAAAAUCUUUUAUAUAUUCCAUUCAUCUAACCUAGUCAUUAAUAUUAUUUAUAACCCUCUCGCCACGUUAGAGAUACCGACUUCUCUUGUAUCGUCCCACCUCCCAACUAUCUAUCUACCUUUCACGACCUCAAUAUAUCCCGUCAUAUAGCUAUAUAUACGUCUAGUGGCGAAGACAAGAAAUUUGUUUACAAAGUUAGCUACUUGUGAACGUGAAAGAAAUAAAGACAUUUUUUGCCUAGUGGAGGAAGAAAGAGGCAUCACCUGCCGCCGCAACACUUGACGUUUUCUCUCUUGCUUCAGCAUUCCUGUUAGCUCUAGAUUAAGCGCCGAGUGCUGUGUCAGCUAGUCGUAAGACCGAUACCAAUUUACGAAGCAAUGGUCCUAACAAAGCAGAGAUCACCUCGAAACCCGGAUGAUUUUCCCACUACCCAGCUCUUCCUGCUAGCUAUCGUUCGUCUAGCCGAGCCUAUCGCCCUUACCUCUAUUUUCCCCUAUGCCUGGGCUCUCGUCAAGCGAUUCAAAGUCGGCAAUGAGCAAGAUGCCUCAUUCUACGCAGGCCUCCUUAUCUCCUCGUUUUCCCUGGCCGAAGCGUUGAUGGGCCUAUUUUGGGGCGGUCUUUCUGAUAGAAUCGGUCGCAAACCAGUUCUUCUGGUAGGAUGCAUUGGCACAAUGUUCAGCAUGGUCAUGGUUGGGUUUUCUACCAACCUUUGGCUUGCACUUGUCGGCCGAGCCCUUGGUGGACUUCUCAAUGGAAACAUUGGUGUUAUCCAGACCAUGGUGGGCGAGUUGGUCACUAAACCCGAACAUGAGCCGCGUGCCUAUUCCGUGAUGCCGUUCGUGUGGUCCAUAGGAACCAUCAUUGGGCCAGCAAUUGGAGGGAUGCUAGCAGAUCCUCAUGAGUCUUGGCCCAACACAUUUCCUCUAGGCUCGCUGUUUGCCAAUUUCCCCUACCUUCUCCCCAACCUUUGCUGCGCUGCUCUUCUACUGAUCAGUAUCGUAUUGGGAUACUUCUUGCUUGAAGAAACCCACCCUGAUAUGGUACCCCGUGUCAUGCUUCCCGAUGAUACCUAUGUCUCGGAUGAAACACCUCUUAUCGAAACGUCGGAUGCAAUCAAGCAGCCAGCUGUUGACCUGCGUUCUGAGACGUACGGUACUUUCCGGAACAGAAACAGCGUAGAGCUUAGUCGUGAUACUAUUCGCGUGAAGGAGCCGGAGAAGAAAGCCAGUCACAAUAUCUUCACCAAGCGCAUCAUGGCUCUAGUCAUCGCGCUCUCGAUCUUUACCUAUCAUUCGAUGACUUAUGAUCAUCUCCUCCCAAUUUUCUUUGAAGAUGACAAAGUUCUCAUCAGCCAUCCUCCGGAUGAGGGCUUCUUCUCCCAAUUUAACCCCCUAUAUUCACCUGGUGGCUUGGGAUUAUCGAUGCAGUCCGUGGGAUUUGUAAUGGCCGUCAAUGGAGCUAUUGCACUUUUUGUGCAGGUCUUCGUCUUUCCGUUUGCCGCUGAUAAGAUCGGUGUAUACAAGCUCUUCAUUCUUGCCACCGUCUUCCACCCACUUGCCUACGUUAUUGUCCCUGCUUUAGUCCAUUUGCCGAGCUCGCUUUUGUAUGCUGGCAUAUACUUCUGUCUGACCAUCAGGAACAUCUUAUCGAUUAUCCUAUAUCCUUUGCUUCUCAUCCUUAUCAAAGAUGCUACACCUAGCUCAUCCGUCCUUGGAAAAGUGAACGGAUUUGCAGCUAGCGCCGGUGCCACUUGCCGAAUGAUAGCUCCACCCGUCGCCGGAUAUCUUUACUCUAUUGGAUCGCAAAUAGACUGCACAGGCCUCGCAUGGUAUGGCAGUGCCUUUGUUGCUGUGAUUGGCGCUGUACAAUGCUUCUCGGUUGAACGGUAUGGAAAUAAGAAGACGGAUGAGGAGACAGGAGAAGAUGUUAAGGGAAACGGUGGCACAGUGACGAUCAUUGAAGUGGCUGAAGAUGAGCCAUGAACCAUGAAUGGUAUGGUGUCGAAACUUCGACAAAUAAUAUAGGUAUGGGAUCUGAUUGUCGUCGGCAUGGCUUGACGACUCACGAUCCAUUGAACCGGGCAUGACCUUGGAAUGAAUAUCGGCAAUGAUCUCGGCGUUAUCAGGGUGGUUUUUAGGCGUCCAGGAAAAGGGGUGGGCUUAAAACGGAGCAAGAAAAGAAAAACGAUGGUUUGGUUUUGGUAUGCAACGAUAUCCCCCUAACGCGCACUGGUAUAUGACCCAUGAUCUUCUUCGCUUUUUGGUGUGUCCAUAGGUAUUUAGCGAAGUAUUUGGUUUUGGAACGAGGCAUAUAUAGUCAGUCAGCAUAUCUUAAGUAUCUCUUAAAUAGUAAUUUAAUGGCGUUGGCAUUAAUAUUUUGGUCGUUUAAUUUUUGUUGAUUUUUAAGUUGAUGAGAUGAGCGCCUGAAACCCAGUGAUGUCCAGAUAAACUGACUGUAACGCUGUAUGAAUAUCGGGUUUCUGAGUAGAUCGUCGUCACUGGGAUCAGUUGAGCCUCAUCAAUUCUGUGGGGGUUGGAGAUCCCCCGCAAGACGCAAAACACGGGAACUAAGGUAGGUACCUAACUUUAAAAAAGAUCUUCAAUCUAAGUAUAGGUACGGUGUGCCUACCUACCUUCCUAGGUGUGUGCUACAUACAUAUAGGCAAGCCCCUUUGGGAAAGUUGGUUGGAAAAGGGUACAUAAGUAAUGGGGGAUACCUAGGAC